CAUCUGUUUCUUUGUUUUUCUGCAACUUUCCGGGUCGGGUCAAACCUAACCCGUUUCCUUUUCAACCAUACCCGAGUUCUUUCUCCAUGCAAAUGCAAUUCAGGACUCGGGUCGUUUCAUCUUCAGGAGUUAACCAUUUGUUUGCCCGAAAACACCCUUUACCUGUUCAAGUUCAAGAUUUGUCUCAAACCCUAAAAAUGGUGACUGAAUCGGGUCAGUCAAAAAGAUCCAUGUGCCCAUCAUGCUCAAAACCGACCCGUUUUUGUCUCUGCACUAGAUUGAAGACCCCAUGUCUUGAAAACUCGGUGAGGGUAACAAUUCUUCAACACAGUUUAGAAAAAAAUCACCCUUUAAAUUCAACAAGAAUUGCUUCUAUAGGUCUGAAAAAUUUGAGUGUAAUUUCAGUAUCUGAUGUUAAUUAUGAGGCUAAGUUUCUCAUACAUUUGCUCAACUCAAAUCUUGAAAUAGGUUCUCAAAAUUUGGAUGAAAAUAGUAGCAUAAACAUUAAAGAUUCCAACUUUGAUAGUAAUUCUGCUGUUUCUCUAUAUAAAGACUCCAACUUUGAUAGUAACGCUGCUGUUUCUUUUACCAUAGAGAAGUAUGGUGCAAUUUGUUCCUUUCAAAAUCAAGAUUUCAGUAAGUUGUUUGGCUCUAGUGCUUCUAUUGAUGAUAUUCGAAAAGGGUUUUUAGUAAAAAAGUUACAGAGAAAGCCAUUGGAUCAAGAAUUGAAGGAGUUUGAAAUUACAGUUUCUCCAGGAUCAGUGCUGUUAUUUCCAAGUGAGAAUUCAAUUGGCAUGGAAGAGAUAGAUUUUGAAGUGAAGAAUUUGAUUGUACUUGAUGGUACAUGGGCAAAAGCAAAGAGAAUGUAUAAUGAGAAUCCUUGGUUGAAGAUGUUGCCACAUGUGAAGUUGGAUGUAGAGAAGCUAAGUUUGUAUAGUGAAGUGAGGUGUCAACCUAAAGCUGGAUAUUUGUCUACCAUUGAGAGUAUUGUAUAUGCUUUGAGGGGUGUUGGUGAAGAAGAUUGUGAGGGAUUGGAUAAUUUAUUGGAUGUGUUUGAGUCCAUGGUUGGAGAUCAGAGGAGAUGCAAAGAUGAGAGAUUGAAGCAAAGAGUCUCCAAUUGUGACUAGAAUUUAAAUGGAUGUUCUUAAAUUCACUGGGACUUUGUCUGGAUUACUAGUUGAGAUUAUCCAAGCCUCUUUUCAGAUGAGCAUGCUAGUACUAGGAUUGUUAAAUUUGUGUUGUAUUUUGUACCAGUGUUCUCUUAUGAUUCUUGUUGCUUUGUAGCAGUUAAUAGUCUUUUAGUGUGUUAAUGAACACUCUUUAUUAGUGCUGUGAUAA